GAGGGUUCUUGCUGCGAGGACCGCGUGUAGAUUCAUCCGCGUAUUGCGUGAGGUGAAACCCUAGGAGAAACAAUAGUAGCCGUUCACGUAGGCGGGAAAUAUCUGCUCACCCAGAUACAGGGAUGUCGGUGCCGGUCACGCGCGACAAAAGGAGUGUCAUGAAUACCGCUGCUACCACUGCCACUAAUAAUAAUGAUAACGGGGGCGCGGAGGCCGCGGUUGACGGGCAGGAGCUGUUGGAGAACUGCGGGCUGUGCAAGGACCGGCUACUACCCGACAAAGAGCCUCAGCUGCUGCCCUGCCUGCAUUCCGUGUGCAAGGGCUGCCUGACUCCGGAGCUCCCGGUUCCCGACGCUGCUAACAGCGGGGACCCUUCCUCAGCUCUGAUUCAUUGCCCAGUAUGCAAGCAUCAGUGUUACCAAAAAGAAAUUGUUGAGAACUGUUUCCUGAAGGAAUCUUCCACCGCAGGGCAAGUAAAAGAAACCAUUCAGAGAUGUACCAGCUGUGAUGACAACGCGGUGGCAAAUAGUUACUGUGUUGAAUGCGCCGAAUGGCUUUGUGAGACCUGUGUGGAUGCUCAUCAAAGGGUGAAGUAUACAAAGGAUCACACAGUCAAAGUUACAAGUACUUCAAAGAAAGAAGCUGAGCGUGCGGUAUAUUGCCCAUUACAUAAACAUGAGCCUCUAAUGCUUUUUUGUGAGACCUGUGACACUUUGACUUGCAGAGACUGCCAGCUACAGACACACAAGGAUCAUCAAUAUCAAUUUUUAGAAGAUGCUGUUAAAAACCAGAGAAAAAUACUUUCGGCUUUGGUUAAACGGCUUGGAGAAAAGCAUAGUACACUUCAGAAUUCUACUAAGGAAGUCCGCACAUCGAUUCGCCAGGUAAUAGACGUUCAGAAGAAACUGCAGGUGGAUGUGAAGAUGGCAAUCUUGCAGAUAAUGAAGGAGCUCAACAAACGUGGCAAACUACUUGUGAAUGAUAUGCAGAAAAUCACAGAAGGACAUCAAGAUAAGUUGGAAAAACAACACUGGGCGAUGACUAAACUGCAGAAACAUCAGGAGCACAUCCUGCGCUUUGCUACUUGGGCCCUAGAAAGCGAUAACAAUACGGCAUUGCUGCUUUCAAAGAAACUGAUCUAUUUUCAGUUACACCGGGCACUAAAGGUGAUUGUUGACCCUGUUGAACCCUUAGGAGACUUGAAGUUUCAGUGGGAUUCUGAAACCUGGACGAAACAUGCUGAGUUCUUCGGCAAAAUAGUUUCUGACAAAGCUGGUGUUCUGCAACCUUUGUCUGGCGGAUCACUGACUACUUUAGGGGUAAAUUCAGCGUCUCAAGUUCUGACACCUCUAACCAACUUCAGUCCAAUGGUACAGAAUAGAACACGACCUGGUGCUUCACAGAAUCUGUCUUCACCUGCAACAACUGUCACUGGAGGCCCUGGCAGCUUUAUCCAUACCAUGCAGCACAUGGAAGACUUUGAUGGAACUGGUGCAGAAGGUGAAUCUUCAGGAUUAGAAACCUUAAGUGGUCACAAAAGAGGGCGUGGCUCAGAUGGAGAUGUAAAUGAACUUUUAAAGAAAGUACCCCGCGUGAGCCUGGAGCGCUUGGAUGUUGACCUUAAUCCUGAUACUCAGCCACCAGUCUUCAAAGUUUUUCCUGGAACAACGAAUGAGGAUUAUAACUUAAUAGUAAUUGAGAGAGGCAAUGUUCCAGGGGAACCUAUUGUGAAAGAAGAGGCCAUGGAAACUGGAAUCGCUAUCCCCAUCAUCGAACCUAGCGAAGAAAAGCCCAGCAUCAGUCGCCCAGAUGGCUUUACAGAGGCUUUGCAGCCUUCCAUCCGCCCAUCAAGUGUGGCCAGCGAUAGCGCGUCUUCUGACUUCCAAGGCUCUAACAGUGGUACUUUUUCGGAAGCUGGUGGUACCAAUUACUGUAAGGUCUGCCAGAAAGGAGGGGUUCUUCUGUCAUGCUCCCACUGCAAAACAUUCUUCCACAGAGACUGUCACCUUCCAUCUGUUGUGGAGAUUUCAAGUGGCGAGUGGAAAUGUAUCCUGUGCCAAGACAUUCCUAUGACAGAUCGAAGUGUGGAUGUCCUUCCAGUAGCAGAACAAGACCCCCGUAAACUAUCAUCAACUGACCAAAAGAAAUGUGAGCGCUUAUUGCUGGAGCUACUUUGCCAUGAACCCUGCCGUCCUUUCCACAGGCUAUCAUCUGGGGGGGGUAAUGACCCAGUAAUUGAUUUGACAGUGAUUCGCGCUAAGCUGCAGCAAAAAACAUCGCCUUCAUAUUCCACUCCUGAAGAUUUUGUUCGAGACGUAUGGUUGAUGUUCAGAAACGUCAGCAAGUUUGCAGAGGACAAAGCUGUGGUGCAAUCAAUCAUCGAACUUCAGUCUUUCUUUGAAGCAAGGCUAAAUCUACUUUUUGGUGACCGCAAGUUCUCAAGUCUCCUUGGGGAACCAGUAAGUGAAGACGAUCCACAAAGUAUCACUCAAAGAAGUUCCCCGAUGAGUACCACCAGUGAGAGCAUAUCGUCUGUCAAGAAUAUUGCGGACCAGGAUUAAUCGUGCAUGGCUGCAAACCUGUAGUUUAAUGACCGCAGACAUGCACGUGCCUUUCAUAUGAUGUCAUGUCUUUGCUAAUGACUGGAGAGUUUGAAAUGGAAGCGUGUGCUGUCUCCCUGUAGAUGAACAAUAUGUUGCCACUAAACAUGGACACUGUUGUAGGCAGUUGCAGCUGCUUGGGAGAGGGCAGUUCUUGUAAAAGUAGGCCUGGUUUAAAAAGGAAAAAAAAAACGUAGUUAAGGUCUUAUUUGUUGCGUUUCACAAUUUAAUGAGUCUCCUGUCCUCCCUUCAUUGGGAGUGAUGUUCUGCCCUCUAACCCUGGGUUACACUAUUGGAUUUUUCAGUCCUCCAACUUUUAAACAUUUCAUUAAAAAAAAAAAAGUGGACCCUUCCAAACAGGUGAAGUAUUUAUACUCUGGUUAGCCUUUGUACCACAUUCAAACUUUUCAUUUAGUGUAGUAUCUGCUUUGUACUGGAAACUGAUUCCUUUAAGUUGUCAGUGUUUCUCGGUUAGCUUAUCGUUAUAUCUUGGAUAUCAUGUUAAAUGUGUCAUGACCUCAUUAAAUGUGUUUUGUAAGAA